AAUGCUUCAAAUAAAUAUUGAAAGAUAUAAAAUAUUACUUCUAUUUCUUUUCUUUCAACUAUAUAACUAUAUCGAUAUUAUUCUUUCAAAUCAUGUAUUGAUGAUAUGUUGACAAGCAGUCAGCUGUUUCCGGUUUGCAAAUAUACAGGUGACUCGAUAGAAAUCUGUGAAAAUCCCGGCUAAUUAAUUUUAAUUAAAUAAGCGAUAGUGGACAGACAACAUCGAAGUAAAUAACGAGUGUGUGACGAAGCUUUAAUGUACGGUAUUUUUCUCUCUUUAAUUUUAUUUUCGUUUAACGGAUAAUGUUGAAGGAAGAACUUGAAUCAAGCACGAGAAAUGGUGAUAACUCGCACACGACUAUACCGGACUCAGGAAGUAACGACGUGGCCAAAGAGUCGUAUCAGAAGAUCGCGAUAGAAGAAAGAUUGGCAAGCAAAAUGUUUUCAUACGCUAGAAAAAUCAUUCGGUUUUUCCUUGCAAUUAUUUUUACGACUCUAGCUGCUCUACAUAGUUCUUCUCCCAAAGUAUCAAAGCCUCCAUUAGCUAAACCAUUUUUUAAUCAAAGCUCAGUUGUCUUAGAUUUUUAUAAGGGACAUUUAGGAGCUAUGAUAGAAAGAGUUACAGAAGCAGAUUUCAGUUUUGUUAUGUAUUAUGCUCCAUGGGAUGCUGAAAGUCAAACUAUACGACAAGAAUUUGAAAUAGUUGCUCAAUAUUAUCAUUCACAGAUUUUUUUUGCUGCCAUUAAUUGUUGGCAUCCAAGCUCAGAAUGUAGAGCUCAAUAUAAUAAAAUACAAAGUUAUCCAGUAUUAAUGCUUUAUCCUUCAAGAGAUUCUGGUAUAGAAUAUAGAGGUAUACGUACAUGGCCAUAUAUGAUAAAAUUUCUUAAUACAAUCAUGAAUCCCAUUGUUAGAAUAACAGAUAAAGAACAAUUAAUGAAUUUACGUGUUAAUUAUGAUGUUGUAGUAGUAGGAUAUUUUAAUUUUACUCGAUUAGAUAAAACUCCAGGUUAUAAAGAAUUUUAUAAAGCUGCUCUACGAACAUUAGAAGAGGAUCCUAAUAGAGAACUGGUUUUUGCCAUUGUUACUAAUGCAUUAUCUAGUGAAAUAGAUUAUAACAUUUAUAAAUUUCCAUCUGCAAAUCUAUUCAUGUGGAGUGAUUCUUUAAGGUAUCCAGAAGAUUCUGAAUGGACUUCCGAAAACAUAUUAAAUUGGAUUAGCAGUUCUAUUCAUCAACCAGUUCUGUGGCUGCAACCUCCUGGAGUAAAAGCAUUAACAUUAGCACCAUAUUUGAGAGAAGGACCUGUACUUUUUCUCUUCACACCUCGUAAUCCUUUGCAUCCUGAAAAUUAUAAUUACAAUCUGAUCAGAGAAAUUGGAUUGCAGUAUUAUAAUUGUGCAGAUAAUGUCUUAGCUAAAGAAAUAAUUGAGCGUCUUAGUUUUAAACGACGUGUUGCUAUUGCAAAACAUUUGGAGCGAAAUAAACAAUGUGCAAAAUUUUUGAAAGAAAUGAAAAAUCAAACAAAUGAAUCCACCAACAAUAUUUCAAUUCAAAAAUGGAUUAAUGAUAGUUGCUGUGUUAAUGUUGUAAUGAAUAAAUGUUUUUUAUGUAAAAAGAAUAUAUUAGAUAAUGCAGAAAUGGAAACAUCUAUUUGUAAACUCAAUUCUAAAAAAUUUGAUCAUGUUUGCAAAAGUUCAGAUAUUUUUAAACUUUUAGUUAUGCAAAAUUUACAACAGAAACGUGAAAUUUGUUGUAAUCAAAAUCAUAUGACAGUAAAAUAUGAAGAAAGAUUUAAAAGCAAAAGUCAAAAGUACAAAAUAUCAGCAUUUAUUACAAAGGAAGAGGACAUACAGUCUGCAGAUGCAAUAAAACAAGCACGCUUAAAAUUCAAUUGUAAAAAAUGGAUAACUGGAAACAAAUAUCAUCAACCUAUAUUUCCGCGAGAUAAACUUGAACAUCCGAAUAUAAAUUUAACGAAAUCAGUAUGUAAAAUUAACAAAACAUUAACACUAAUAGCAAUUGAUAGUUUACAUUAUUUUUAUUUCGCGGAAGCUCUUGGCAUAGAUCUUUUAAAAAAGAAAGAUAAAACUGCUAUUGUUAUAUUAGAUGUUGCUCAUGAAAGUCAAUAUGUUAUGCAAGAGGAUUUUAGUAGAUAUACACUUAUACAAUUUAUAAAUAAUUAUACCCAAGGUUUUUUACAACGUACAUUACGUUCUAAUAAUUCGAGACGUUUUGUUCAAAAGUUUAAAUCCAAAGUUAAUUGUAAAACAAAAGAUGUACAAAAUGUAUGCAUACCAGAAUUAACAACUGAAACUUUUCUUAAUACUAUUUUAGAUUCAACAAAGGAUGUAGUUGUAAUGUACCAUUCUCCUUAUUGUGCAUUUUGUAGUGCAAUAUUUUAUGUAUAUUUGACAGUAGCUCAUUAUUUGCACAAAAUGGAUCAUCUUUUAUUUGUAAGGGUAGACGGUGAUAACAAUGAUUUACCAUGGGAAUAUAACAUGAAUCGAUUCCCGUCUAUUCUUUUCUUUCCUGCUAAAAGAAAAGAGGAUAGUACGGUAUAUCCGUUUUCUCUGCCAAUUACUAUUCCGAAUCUUAUAAAUUUUAUCUUAGCGAAUUUGGACGGAGAUUCGCAUAUUGAAGCGCUUAUAAAUAUUUGUCAAUCUGGAGCCGCUGGUGUGAUUCCAGAUGCAUGUAUCGCUCGAACUCGUUGGCUGUGUUUAGAUAUUAUUCAACAACUACUUCGAGAUUAUCGAAAAUUAAUAAGACAUAUUAGUCUACUAGGAAGAAUAAGUGCUAGAAAUAAAAAAAUUAUUUUAUUAAAAUUGGCACACAUAAAAGAUAUACAUUUAAUAUUAAGUUCUACUAUUGAUCUCAAAGAGGAGCAACAUAAAGUAAAACUAAUCAGAAAAAAAUAUAGAAAAUAUUAUAAAAAUAUUAGAUCAUUUGAAUUAGAUAGCAAAAUAAAUAGUAAUAAUAGUCAAGUAGAAAAUCUUUUUCAAGAACAAAAUGUUUUUGAAAAAAAUAUUAAAAACGAAUUGUGAUAUCGAUUUACAGAUAGAUAUAUUACAAUGAAUAUUAUUUUAUUUAAAUUCUUUUAUGACAUUGUACUAAAUGUACAAUACAUACCUCAGAAAUUAUUUUAUUUCACAAAUGUAAAAUAUAUUCAGUUGAAUUAUAUAUAUCAUAUACAAAUAAGCAUUAUAAUUUAUAAAGAAAUACUCUAUAGCAUAUACUUACAAAAAAUAACACAAAAAUAUUUAAAUGACUUUAAUACAAGACAUUCCCUAUCAAAUGAUGCAAAAAAUUAUAACAUCAAAUACAAUUUUUAUCAUAUUCUUGUAAAAAAUGUACAUUCAUAAUUUUUUAUUUAAAUUUUUAUAACAAUUUUGCAAGAAAAAAAUAUUUAUACAUGCUAUUCAAGUAAAGAUAGUAAGUCAUUGAUAAGACUAUUUUUUUCAAUGCAUCAUGGUUCUGUAGAGGGAGUGUACAUAUAUUAGAAUUACUCAUCUUUAAUUAAUAUUCAUGAUAUUUAAUACUGCAACUGAGAAAUAAAAGUAGUACUACUGGAAGUAUA